UCGGGGACACCAGAUCAAGCACGAGCCGCUCAGAGCCUUAUUCAUGCCUUCAUUUUAUCUGAGCAGAAUAUGUAGAACUUCCUUCUUUAUCAUGUUACUAGAGCUUAUCUCACCACACUCAAAUGGAUGGAAGAAGCGCUUGGCCUUCUCACCGAUAACUGCAAAUUAGUCAUUUCUUGGCUUGAAAACAGCAAUUGCAAUUCCUCUGUUGCUGAAAGUUGGUAUGUUAUGAAUGUGAACAAGUGUUUGAAUAUACUUAGGCAGUUGCAAGCUACAGAGGAACGUUCUCGUGCCAAAGGUGGAGCGUUGAUGGUCGCAUUAGACAAGCUGGAAAGUGAAUUGGCAUCCUCGUUAACGGACAUAGCUCCACUGUCUUUGCCUUUGCCAAAUGUUAUUCAAAAUGUGCAAGCUAUUAUUGAUAGAUUGGCUGUGAACCAUAGAUUUGACAAAUGUACAUCUAUUUAUAUUGAGGUUCGGAGUUCAAAUGUGAGAAAAACUUUAGAAGAGCUGGAUUUGGACUACCUGGAGGAGAUAUCAUUGACAGAGUUUGACAGUGUUUUGAGUGUAGAGUCUCACAUUGACCAAUGGCGCGAGCACUUGGAAUUCGCAGUGAAGGAUUUGUUAGACAUAGAACACAGGCUUUGCAAUGAAAUAUUCCAGAAAUCAGCAUCUAAAGAUAGUAGCUGUACGGACUGCUUCGCAAAAAUUGCAGUCCAAUCUGGGAUUCAUUCUUUCAUCAAAUUUGGCAACACAAUUACCAGAGGGAAGAAAGAAGCAGUUAAGCUGUUGAAGUUAUUGGACAUGUUUGCUGCUCUAAAGAGACUACGCUCCGAUUUCAACAGACUUUUCAGUGGAAGAACCUGUGGUGAAAUCCAGAGCCAAACAAGGGAUCUGAUCAAGAAAGUUGUGAAUGGGGCUUGUGAAAUUUUCUGGCAACUUUCUCUUCAGGUGGAACUGCAGAGGACAACUAGUCCUCCGGCGAAUGGUAGUGUUCCGAGGCUGGUUAACUUUGUCACUGAGUAUUGUAAUCAGCUUCUUGAGGAUGAAUAUUGGUCCACACUUGUCCAAGUUGUGGAGAUACAUCAAGGUUGGAACCACGAGAGCUCCGAUAAGGAGCUUCUUCUAAAUGAGAUGCGAAAAAUAAUAAUGGUAAUUGAGCUCAAUUUAGAGAGUUGGGCAAAGACAUACACGGACGACACUCUCUCCUAUCUCUUCUUGAUGAAUAACCAUUGGUACUUAUGCAAGUACACGAAGGGAACGAAACUUGGUGAGCUAAUGGGACACGAAUGGAUUAGAGGUCACGAGGAAAACAUGGAGUACUACGAGACACUCUAUUUGAGCGAGAGCUGGGGAAAACUCCCGGACCUUCUGAGCGAGGAAGGUCUAGUGUUGUUCCCUGGAGGGAGAGCCAUUGAUCGUCAAGUGGUUAAGAAGAGAUUCAAGGAAUUCACAGAGGCUUUCGACGAUAUUUACAAGAGGCAUUCCAAUUGGGAAUUGUGUGAUAAGGGGCUAAGAUGGAGAGUACGCCAACUCGUAUUGCAGGUUGUUGUCCCUUCUUACAGUAGCUACCUAGCAAAAUACAUGCCCUCUAUAGAAUUUGAGGUUGCUAGUACUGGUAAUCAACACAUAAAAUACACAGCUGAGACCUUAGGAAAUAUGAUCAGUGGUCUAUUUGAACCAAAAGUUGGAAAGUAUGGCAGUACUACCAAAUGCACAGAAUGGAGUGGAAAGCUUAAUAAUAGUAUUGUUGCUAAUCACCUUUCUUCCACACCUGCAGCAGCAUGAAUUAGGAAGCUGAUUAGUUUACAACAUUACUAGUUAAUCCUGAACAUAAGGUUGUAUAUGGUACAUGGUUUAUGCUUCUCUAGCAAAAUUCUAACAAGCUACAUCCAAGGAAAUCUUCAGUUAUGUAAUGUAAAUAUGAUGCUAAAUCCUAUUAGUAUAGUUUGUUUUAGCAGCUCAGUUACAUGUUGUAGUUUCCAUCUUGAACAUUCAGAAAUUUGAUCACUUGGACAAAUACUUGUGGUGCUUAGGGUUUAGUUUUAUAGUCUAUUUGGAUGAUGUUUGAUAGAAUAACCAGAACCUCUUCUUUUUCUUCUUUACAAUUGCAACCCAAGGAUAAUAG